UUCUCCUUGAGCUCCAACAGCAAUAGUAGCAACAGCAGCUAGAGACAGGCAGGGCUGUUGCUUGCUGCCGCGCGGAUUGCCUCCUCCUCACCACAGACACACGCACACACUCACACUCACACACACACACACACACACACACACACACACACACGCACUGCACAGAUUUCCAACAUCAGCGCGUCUUGGUAGAAAUGAAGGACUCAGAGAGAUGAGAGAAGAGCAUGAGUCAUGGACAACAGUGCUUUAAUAUAUUAUUGAAACUACAAACUCACAUCCACACCAGAUUCAUGUUGACAGAUUGCAUAUUUUGAAAGCUUGAGAUAUUUUAUAAUGAAACAUGCCAUGUGGAAAUUUUGAAGUGUAGAAUUCUGCCAAACACCUGAAUAAAGAAUUCCUCACCUGGUAUGUAAGAGACUUCUCAUCACCACCAUGACCAACCAGGAGAAGUGGGCCCACCUCAGCCCUUCAGAAUUUUCCCAGCUUCAGAAAUACGCUGAGUAUUCCACGAAGAAAUUAAAGGAUGUUCUUGAAGAAUUCCAUGGUAACGGUGUGCUUGCAAAGUAUAAUCCUGAAGGGAAACAAGACAUUCUUAACCAAACAAUAGAUUUUGAAGGUUUCAAGCUAUUUAUGAAGACAUUCCUGGAAGCAGAGCUUCCUGAUGAUUUCACGGCACACCUUUUCAUGUCAUUUAGCAACAAAUUUCCUCAUUCUAGUCCAAUGGUAAAAAGUAAGCCUGCUCUCCUUUCAGGUGGUCUGAGAAUGAAUAAAGGAGCCAUCACCCCACCCCGUACCUCUCCCUCAAAUACGAGUUCCCCAGAGGUAAUUCAUCUGAAGGACAUUGUCUGUUAUCUGUCUCUCCUUGAAAGAGGAAGACCCGAGGACAAACUGGAGUUUAUGUUUCGCCUCUAUGACACAGAUGGGAAUGGCUUCCUGGACAGCUCGGAACUAGAAAACAUCAUCAGUCAGAUGAUGCAUGUCGCAGAGUACCUUGAAUGGGAUGUCACUGAGCUUAACCCAAUCCUCCAUGAAAUGAUGGAAGAAAUUGACUACGAUCAUGAUGGAACCGUGUCUCUGGAGGAGUGGAUCCAGGGAGGAAUGACGACGAUCCCACUCCUCGUGCUCCUGGGCUUGGAGAAUAACGUGAAGGAUGACGGACAGCAUGUGUGGCGGCUCAAGCACUUUAACAAACCUGCCUACUGCAAUCUUUGCCUGAACAUGCUGAUCGGUGUGGGGAAGCAGGGCCUGUGCUGUUCCUUUUGCAAGUACACAGUGCAUGAGCGCUGUGUGGCCAGAGCUCCGCCUUCUUGCAUCAAGACGUACGUGAAGUCCAAGAAGAACACUGAUGUCAUGCACCAUUACUGGGUUGAAGGCAACUGCCCAACCAAGUGUGAUAAGUGCCACAAAACGGUUAAAUGUUACCAGGGCCUGACAGGACUGCACUGUGUUUGGUGUCAGAUCACACUGCAUAAUAAGUGUGCUUCUCAUCUCAAACCUGAAUGUGACUGCGGACCUCUGAAGGACCAUAUUUUACCACCCACAACAAUCUGUCCAGUAGUACUGCAGACUCUGUCCACUUCAGGAGUUUCAGUCCCUGAGGAAAGACAAGCAACAGUGAAAAAGGAAAAAGGUGGUUCCCAGCCGUCAAAUAAAGUAACAGACAAAAACAAAAUGCAAAGAGCCAACUCCGUGACCGUGGAUGGGCAAGGCCUACAGAUUACUCCUGUUCCUGGCACUCAUCCGCUUUUAGUUUUUGUGAACCCCAAAAGUGGUGGAAAACAAGGAGAACGAAUUUACAGAAAAUUCCAGUAUCUGCUAAAUCCUCGUCAGGUGUACAGUCUUUCUGGAAAUGGACCGAUGCCAGGGUUAAACUUUUUCCGUGAUGUUCCUGAUUUCAGAGUGUUGGCCUGUGGCGGAGAUGGAACUGUGGGGUGGAUUUUGGACUGCAUAGAAAAGGCUAAUGUUGUCAAGCAUCCUCCAGUUGCUAUUCUGCCUCUUGGGACUGGCAAUGAUCUAGCGAGAUGCCUGCGAUGGGGAGGAGGUUAUGAAGGUGAGAAUCUGAUGAAAAUCCUAAAAGACAUUGAAAACAGCACAGAAAUCAUGUUGGACAGGUGGAAGUUUGAAGUCAUACCUAAUGACAAAGAUGAGAAGGGAGACCCAGUGCCUUACAGUAUCAUCAAUAAUUACUUUUCCAUUGGCGUGUGUAAACCUCAUAAUGUAGAAGUACAAACGAGCAGGUGUGCUAAAAAGCAGUGGCUGAGAGGCGCUGGACAUAAAUUACAGGACUGCUUCAGUGUCUGCAGUAGGAGGGAUGUUGGCAAGCUUGCUGGAGGGAGCACUGCGGGGAUGAGCAGGUUCCUGAGCAGGCAGGACUACUCCCAGACCACUGCCAAAGGGAACUGA